AAGCACCUCAUCAACACAACACCACACCUCAAAAUCUAGUAACCCGACAUGUCAAUUAAGGAAGACCUAAGGUCGCCUUUGCAACCACCAACAUAUGGGAAUCUAAUCACGAUCCUGAGCAUUGAUGGAGGUGGUGUACGAGGAAUCAUCCCAGGUGUGAUCCUUGAAUUUCUAGAAGCUGAAUUACAGGAAUUAGAUGGUAAGGAUGCAAGACUUGCAGACUAUUUUGAUGUAAUUGCCGGGACAAGCACCGGUGGUAUUGUGACGGCUAUGUUAACCACACCUAAUGAAGAGGGCCGCCCAGUUUUUGCUGCUAAGAAUGUUAAAGAUUUUUAUCGUCAGCAUUGUCCUAAAAUCUUCUCACAUGAUAGUUCUUCAAAUGUUCAUAAGGAAGAACAUCAUCGUCGUCAUUAUCAUCAUCGUCUAAUCGAAAAAGUGGUGACUCCUGCGGUUACUGCGGUUACGGUGACUAAAAACGCUAUUAAUUAUAUAGCGGGCCCAAAACACACCGGAAAACACCUACACCGGAUUAUUAAAGAUAAAGUAAAAGAAAGAAGACUUCAUGAAGCAUUAACAAAUGUUGUGAUUACGGCAUUUGACGUUAAAUCUAUGCAACCUGUGAUCUUCUCGAGCUAUGAGGUGAAGAAAAAUCCCGAUCUUGAUGCCAAGGUUUCUGAUAUAUGCAUUGGAACUUCAGCGGCCCCGGUUUAUCUCCCUGCCCACAAAUUCCAAACUAAAGAUUCUGAAGGAAAUUUACUUAGGGAAUUCAAUCUUAUCGAUGGUGGAGUGAUAGCUAAUAACCCGGUUUUGGUUGCGAUAAGUGAAGUUACUAAGGAAAUAACGUCAGGAAGUACCGAUUUUUUCCCAAUAAAACCAAUGGAAUAUGGUCGGCUUCUUGUUUUGUCAUUAGGCACAGGGACUUCGAAAUGUCAAGAACAUGAUGCUACAGUGUGUUCUCAAUGGGGCGUUAUACAGUGGCUAACUGCUGGUGGCUCGCAUCCGUUGCUGGAUAUUUUUACUCAGGCUAGUGGAGACAUAGUUGACUACCAUCUCUCUACCGUCUUUCAAGCCCUUCACUCAGAAGAAAAUUAUCUUCGAAUUCAGGAUGACACUUUAAGAGGUAAGUUAGCUACGUUGGAUUGUGCAACCGAAGAUAACUUAGAGAAUCUUGAGAAGGUGGGACGGAAGUUGUUGAAGAAACAAGUGAGCAGGGUUAAUCUAAGCACUGGCAUAUACGAGCCCUAUCAUCAUACUACCAACGAGAAGGCUUUAAAAAAGUUUGCAGCAAUACUCCAUGAGGAGAAGAAUGUUCGAAAUUUGAGAUCGCCACAUACUAAUAAAGGAGGUGAUAAUCAAGUAGUGUCGAUGGAAGACGAAACUGCACGUUUGCGAAGAAUGUCAAUACUCUCGCAUCAUACUCUUCCAAAUUUACACAACCUCAACACGAACUAAAAUUCCUUUCAAAUAUAACAUAAAAAAAUAAAUCCCUUGUUAUUAUUAUAUUUUCUUUCUAAAUAUAUCCUUUAAGACUUUAAGAGGCAUAUGCCUCAAUCAAGUAUAUUUAAGGUAAAUCAA